CACAGAAAAAAAUAAUAAGUCAUGAUGAUGGAAUGUAAGAGAUAAUUGAAGAAACAAUCAAUAGAUAAACAGAAAGAGAGAGAAAAUAUGAUGAAAAGAAUAGAAUUUUUUUUUCUUCUGUUUACUUUUCUAUACACAGAGAGAUUAUGGAUUUGGGGAAACAGAGAAGAUGAAGAGAAGAUUAGAAAAAUAUUCUGGUGAUCAUCAUGUUGAACCGAAUCAAUUGUUAAAGAUAAUGAGAUGAGAACCCAAAACCUGUUGAAAGAGAAAAUGAAGACAGAGAAGAAGAAGAAAAAAAAGAGACUAAAAAGGUAGAAAAGAGAGAGAAAAAAGGAGUGAGGGAGAAGAAGAAGAAAAAUUGAGUGAGUGAGAAAAAAAAGCUUCUCAUUAUGUUGAUAUUUCUUUUUAAAGUAAUUUGGGUUUCGACAUGUGAGUCUCAUUCUUUAUCUUUUAUCGUUUAUUUUUCUUUCUCUUCUAAACUAAUUUAAUCUUCUUCUUCUUGCAAACAUUUUUAAUGUGAUUAACAAGUGAUUAUCUUUAUUUACCUAAUUAAUCAACGAAUUAAACAAAAAAUUCUCUUUCAUUUCGUUUUUGUUUUAUUCCAUUUUUGUUUUGUUUUUCUUUUCUCGCGUUUCUCUUACACUUUUGUUCAUUAGUAUUGUCUGGUUACCAUUUUGAGAAGAGAAUUUUGUUUUUUUUUUCUUCUUCUUCUUCUUCUUCUUCUUCUCCAUUUUCUCUUCAUCUUUAAUCACCCUGGUUAAUAUGAUUAACAAUUAACCUUUUUAAAUUUGUGUGUUAAUUUUAAUGUUCUGUCAUCAAGUUAAUCAACGAUAUUUGUUUACCAUUGUGACAGCCAAAGGUUUUCAAUAGUAAUCAACAUUUGUCAUUUUGUUUGGUUUUUUUCUGUGUCAAGUUAAUAUUGACUUGAUAACCUUGAUUGAUUGUUAUUACCAAUCAUUUGAAUCACAAUUAAUAUUCAUUACAUUUACUUUGCUGGUUUACAAGUGAAUUUAAUCUGUGUCUGUGUCUAUUUCAAUUCAAGUCAGUCUUGUUGAACAAAAAAAAAGUUCAUUCUGAUCAAUGAAAUUUCAAUUACUUUCCCAAGGAUAAUUAACCAGAAAACAAGACAAAAAUGGAGGCCAAUGAGAGUACCUACAUUUUGGAGGCAUCAGCAUCAUCACAAGCUUUUACAAUCUCAAAGCCUUAUCAAGAUCCUAAGGAUUCUGAUGAUGAAGAGCUUCAACCAAGGACUCAGGGUGAUUAUUGUAAAAGUAACAUGAAACAGACAGCAUUCAAUUAUGUUAAUUCAAUUAUUGGAUCUGGAGUAAUUGGAAUUCCAUAUGCCAUUCAUAAAGCGGGAUUUUUCAUGGGGAUAUUUUUACUCAUCUUCAUCGCCGCGAUCACUGAUUUUUCAUUAUGUACCUUAAUUAGAGCAGGUAAUUUAGCCGGUGUAUCAACCUACCAGGAUGUGAUGGAUCGUGCAUUUGGUAAACCAGGUUUCUACAUUUUAACAAUUCUUCAAUUCAUCUACCCAUUUAUUGCCAUGAUAAGUUACAAUGUAAUCAUUGGUGACACCAUGACCAAAGUGUUUAGAAGAAUAUUUGACCUUACAUCCAACAAUCCCUUUGGUAACAGGAACACCGUAGUCUUCAUGUGUACAGUCAUGAUUAUGCUUCCAAUUUCACUUUAUCGCAACGUUUCAAAGCUCAAUAAGAUAUCGUUAACAUCCAUUGCCUUUGUUAGUUUUAUUAUGUCCUUUAUUGCUUAUCGACUUGUCACCUUGGGACCUGACAUUCCCCAUGAAGAAAAUGCAUUCACCUUAGUCAAUAGUGGAAUAACAAAUGCCAUAGGAAUCAUUGCUUUUGCUUAUAUGUGUCACCAUAAUUCAUUUCUCUUAUACGAUUCAAUGGCCAAUUCAAGUCAAGAAAAGUGGAACAGGGUAACUCAUUUAAGUUUAGCAGUUUCCUGUUUCAUUGUCAUGGUUGUUGGAAUCUGUGGCUAUUUAACAUUCGGUAGCUACUCACAGGGUGACCUGUUUGAAAAUUAUUGCCUAUCAGAUGAUUUCGCUCAAGCAGCAAGACUCGCAUUCACAGUAACCAUCAUGUUAACAUAUCCAUUUGAAUGUUUCGUUGUUCGAGAGGUCUUGGAAAAUGCUUUCUGGGGAGGUAAACCACCGUCGACAAAUUCCCACCACACUCUGUUAACCAUUGCAAUUGCUGCUUCAGCUUUCAUUUUAUCAACACUAACUGACUGUUUGGGAAUCGUUCUUGAAUUAAAUGGUAUUAUUGCUGCGGUUCCAUUGGCGUUCAUUUUUCCAGCAUUAACUUUCAUUAAAUUGGAUCCAGAACCAUUGAUGAGCCGUCAAAAAUUUCCCCAUUUGGCCUUGGUCAUUUUCGGCGUGGCUGUUGCUUGUGUUGGAAGUUUCCUUGCGGUUCAAUCGGUUCUUGACGGAAUCUCAUGUUCCCAUGGUCAUGAAUUAUUUUACUGUAAUCAAACCAAUUCAACUAAAUCAGCAACAAUUAAUUUCAACCAUUCAAGUGAAACACAAUAGAUCAACAUGUUUGCGUCUUUGGAGUCCAUUUUGUUAUUAUUAUGUCAAACUCACCAUCACCAUCACCACCAUCAUCAUCCUGUUAUUGUUUACAAUUAAUUGUGUAUAUAUCAAAUUGUAUUGUAUCGUAAACGCUUUUGUUUAUCAACAACAAUGAAGAAAAUUAAUAUUUUCCUCAUCAAGAAAGCUAAUACAAAAACCCAAAGCUAAUUGUUGUCAAGUUUUUAAUCGGUGAUCAAUUGGAAAUGAUAAUCAAUCCAUAUUCUGAUCACUUAAAUCUUGAUUGUCCCCUCAGAUUGUUUUCUAAUCAAUGUCAACCAAUUUUCCCCUGGUUUCUCAAGUCACAACAAUUAGGAAACCUGAUCUCUUUGUUAAUUAACCCUCACUUUUAAUUGUUCAUCAUCUUAUCCUGAUUCCAAUUGCCCUUCCUUCAAUUUGAUGGUUUUAAAUGAACAACAAAACAAACACACAAACAAAA